GCUUCAGCAGCUUGGCAUCUGGAGUUACCAUUACUUGGUCGACAUACAUUUCCAGUCCUCUCUCUGUACACAAAUCGCCAUCAUGAGCUCCUCUCUGCUUCACCCUCCAGCUCACCUCUCACCAUCCGUCGCUCUGCAACUGUCACAGCUCGCCCCCUCUCUGCUCCGCAACGCGCCCUCCUCAAUUACCUCCUAUUCCCUGAGCUCGCUCUGGGCUCCCGCAGAAUCUCCAGAAUUAUGGACAACCUACGAGAAUCUCAUGCUUUCGUGUCUGCGGACUGGCGACGAACAAUCAGCGCAUCUCUGCCUUGAACGGCUUACAGAGCGGUUUGGCGCAGAGAACGAAAGAGUGAUGGCAUUAAGGGGGCUAUUUCAGGAAGCUACAGCACAGGAUGAUGCUGCAUUGAAGCAAGUGCUUGGAGAAUAUGAGACUAUCCUAGCCAAAGACCCCGGAAAUAUGCCUGUAUCGAAACGUCGCAUCGUGGUAUUAAAAUCCUUGAAUAAAACCAUUGAAGCAAUUACGGCUUUGAAUCAAUUCCUCGAUGCAUCUCCUACCGAUGCGGAGGCGUGGGCGGAGUUAGCAGAUUUGUACGUCUCCCAAGGCAUGUACCCGCAAGGUAUAUUUGCUUUGGAAGAAGUCUUGCUGAUUACCCCUAAUGCUUGGAAUAUACAUGCUCGUCUGGGAGAAGUGCUAUAUAUGGCCGCCAGUACGAAUGAUUCUGGCUCGGACAAGUAUCUUGCCGAGUCGAUGCGAAGGUUUUGUAGGAGUAUUGAACUAUGCGAUGAUUACUUGCGGGGUUAUUACGGCUUGAAGCUAACAACCGGUCGGCUCAUAACAAACCCACCUCAAGCUUCUCGCCAAUCAAAGUCGGAUACUGGACUCCCACCACCAGAUAUCAAGACUGUAGAACGACUGAAUGAGGCGGCCACUUCGAAACUUGCUGAAAUUAUCCGGCGCAAUGCUAGUGGUGAAGCAGGAUGGCAAGGUUAUGAUGAAGCAGAAAUUAUCGCAGCGAAAGAACUGCUAGACCGACAGUCGGCGCCAAUUAUUCGCUGAAAUAAGUAUGCAAGGCACACAUUUCAUGUCCUGGUAUAGAUGAUCCAUCGCUCGGAUUUUCAGGUCCGCUCUGCGGGGGUUGGGUCUCUCCCAAAACCCCAAUUCUUGAUGCCAGAUGGGAAAUUACUCAUCGUAAAGUUUCCUGGUUACCAAUUUUUUUUUUUCUUUCCUUCAGACAUGCGUC